UUAUACCGCGGCGGCGGUGGCGAGCAGACAUUCGGGCGGGCGUUGGGGUGACCGUUUUUACCUCGAUCCUCCAAGCGGACCAGCAUUAUGGCGGCUGCCGUGUUUCUGGCUGUGAGCUUCGCGUUGCUGGGCAUCCAAGAAGCAACCGCUACGGCCGGCUUCAUCCAAGCACCACUGUCCCAGGAGGGGUUGGUGGGGGGCAGUGUGGCCCUGCACUGCGAGGCUGUGGGCAGACCUGUCCCUGAGAUCCAGUGGUGGUUUGAAGGGAAUAGUCCCAACGACACCGCCUACCAGCUCUGGGAUGGCGCCUGGCUGGACCGUGUCCACAUCCACGCCACCUAUGACCAGCAUGCGGCCAGCAGCCUAUCCAUCGACAAGCUCAGCGCGGAGGACGCGGGCACCUAUGAGUGUCGGGCCAACAACGACCCCAACCGCAACCACCUGACUCUGACACCCAGGGUCAGGUGGGUCCGUGCUCAGGCGAGCGUGGUGGUCCUCAAACCGGGCACCAUCGAGACCUUUGUGGAGAACUACAAUUCCAAGAUACGCCUUACCUGCACCCUAAAUCAGAGCUCCAUAGAGAUUGUCGGCCACCGGUGGAUGCGAGGCAAUAAGGUGGUGAAGGAGGACACACUGUCCGGGCUGACCACCGAGUUUGAAGUGGACAAGGAGGAGACCGGCAUGGGCAACUACUUCUGUGUCUUCCUUCCGGAGCCCACGGGCAAGGGGGAGUUCAUACUGUUGCCCCCCAAUGUCACGGCUGUGAAAAAAUCAACUCAUGGUGAGGAGGGGACAACAAUCACAAUUAUGUGUAAAGCAUCUUCUAACCUUCCACUCUUGUAUUGGACCUGGCACAAGGUGGUUGAUUCCGACAGUGAGAUCAUCGUUAGUGACAAGAAGAAGUUCUUCGUGAACUCCACGGGGCUGGAGACACGCCUGACCAUCUAUAACCUGGACCCAAGCACCGACCCUGGCUCCUACCUGUGCAAUGGCACUAACUCAGAGGGCAGUGGUUGGGAGACAAUUACGUUGCGUGUGCACAGCCACCUGGCUGCCCUCUGGCCUUUCCUGGGCAUUGUGGCCGAGGUCCUGGUGCUGCUCAUCAUAAUCUUCAUCUGUGAGAAGCGACAGAAGUCCAGCCAUGAUGCAGAUGCAGAUGAAGAUGAACUGGGCUCUGCACCACUGAAGAGCAGCGGGCACAGCCUGGACAAAGACAAGAACGUCCGCCAGAGGAGCACCAGCUGAGCAGGUGUGCGGCGAGGCCGGGGCCCGGGGCCCGGGGCCUGGGGCACUGGUCAAGGACCAGAGCCACCCGCCUGGAGCCUGGCAUCUGCGUCCCACCUCCCACAGGACUCCUUCCCGUGUUUGCCAAAUUUCACAUCCUCUCUCCUCCGAGAAAAGCCACCCGGCAAAAGCACAUAGCUGUAGCCCUCACUGAGUUCCUCCUCCAGAUCCUCUUCCACUAAAUGAGGCUCUUCCACCCAGAGGGUUUUCCUUUGUAAAGAUGCCACUAGAGCCCCAGGUGGUCAGUGUGUCCCUGAGUCUCCAGGGCGGGUAUGCAGGGUUGGGGCCUUGCCCUGGGGGCAGGCCAGGCCAGUGCCCGUCUGAAGCUGGCACUGUCUGGCCACACCUGUGCUCUCAUUUUCUCCUGAAGGCCACGGUCUGUUUCAAGCCCAGUAGGAGCCGAGUGAGUCUCUGACCUCAUGGCGGAGGGCCCCACUCACUUGCUUUUAGGGUGAUCCAUUCACUGCUCCCCGGUGAUCUCAGGCCCCUCCCAAUGUCUGUGUGCCCAGGACCAGAACUGCAGAAGUGCUCAUCUCCGUGGACAUCCUUUGGGCCUCCUGGGACCCCCAAUCCCCAGCUGGCACAAUAAAGACUGACUUCACCUGUCUGA